AUGGUCCCAGAUCGUGACCUCCUCCGGGAGCAGAGAGCCCGAGCCAAGUGGCGCCCCGACCUUGAAGCCGUCGACCUCUCACCCAUCAUGCUCAAGGACGACCCUCGCAUCUCUUCCGAGGUGGAGAACUCCGCAUUUACUCUCCAGCCAAACGAGCCCUUCGCCAGAGACCACCCCCUCAGCGAGACCCUCCUGUUCAAGCAUGGCUGCACCAAGCGCGAAGCCGACUUCUUUGAGCUUGCCGGCGACGACCUGGCCAUGCCCCUUGUGAGCCGCAUCGGAUGGGUCGAAGACGACCUGGUCACCUUCUGCCAGGAAUACGCCGUCAUCGAGCGCGGCAUUCCCCUCUUCGUCACCGAGAUCCAGCCGCAGGAACGUGUGUCGGUGUCGCUGCAGGUCGCCGACCUCGUCUCUCGCCUCCACGCGAGGGGCAUCGUGCACGGCGACAUCAACCCGGGCGUCAUCCAGUGGAACUCCAGAGGCCGCCUGGUGUUCUCGGACAUGCGGCACGCUCGGCUGGCGAACAAGGGCCGGGAUUUUCACCCGCUGGACGAUCGCUACGCGGCUACGAGCGACGCAUUCUUGUCACCAAGGCUCAAGGCACGCACGAAUCCGGGCCGGGGCGUCUUCGCGACCGAGGCCGAUGACUUGUACGCGAUGGCAGUGACCAUUUGGUCCAUCUGGGCGGGCCAGUGGCCGGAGAGCAGCAUAUUCCGCGAAAGCGGGAUCGACCUGAGCGUGAUAACCGAUGCCGACAUCUACGGGGACGCGUUCGACAUUCUCGAAGAAGGGGGCAUCCGCGUCAACAGGGCAGUCUUCAAGCAGCGCAGCGACCCAAGGGAGCUAUCGCCGCCUCCUUCAGACUGCGGAGACAUCCCCCGAGAUUUCCGACACUCGAUCCAGUCCAUACCAGCAAGCCCAAAACCAAGGCCGGCCGUGUUGGCCAUCACGCCACAGACUGGACCUGCGGAAUCCAGCACCUGGAUAUGGUCGCCAGCACCACUCCGGCCAAGGCCGACAACCUGGCAGAUACCAUUUGACCAUGCAGUCGAGCUCCCCGCCGACAACCCCGUCGACGCGCCGAUAUCAAACCCCCAGACCAGCCCCACACCCAGCCCAACCCAAGCCCAGCCCAUCGAGCUGGAGCCCAGAAUCCCAUCCCCGCUGUCAUUGAGCCAGUUCCCACUGCUCCAGGACGACGGCUCCAAGCCGAGUCAGGCCCCGCGCGCGGUGCAGAUCCAGCGCAGCAGCUGGGAGUGGCUGACGACGAACUACUUCCUCGGCGCCGACUGGGCGCAGUCGACAUCGCCCGACGACCUGCAGCAGCUGGCCGGGCGCGAGACGCUUGGCCUCGAGCAGUCGGGCAGGGAAGAAGAGUACAGCGACAGCAGCGAGACGGACAGCAGCGGCGGCGGCGGCGGGGACGACAGCGGCGAGAACGAGGACGACGACGAUUUGGACGACGACGACAACAUCACCUGGGAGUUCCCGCGCCCGCCGGGGCACGUGCAUGGGCUGUCCCCGCCGCCGCCGCCGCCGCCGCCGCAGCCACUUCUAACGCACGCCCGUCAGGCGGGAGUUAAAGGUAUUAGCGGGGAUUCUGGACUCGCCGGGGUGACAAGCAAUGUUUCUCAGACACCGCCGGAGGAGGCGAAACCGGGGAGACUUCCAACAGCCCAGACCUUUGGGCCAGUGAGAGGGCUCGAGGGAAGUGGUGGCGCACAAGAUGACACGCCAGUGGGCAAUGCGUGCGACGGGUGGUGGGACCACGACUGGUUUGGCAUUGCCAAGGCCGACGAGAUUGGUGUUGCAAGCCGGCGGGAGACGCGGAGCGUGAGUCCGGGUAGACCGGGCUGGCCGGAGCGGUCGGGGUUCGGGUCGCCGAGCAUUGGCCGCGCGAGGGCCCGGUCGUGGUCAGGGUUCAAGGGGGAGUUUUAA